AUGGCGUCUGAAUCUCCCAGACGCUGUAAGGUGGCCAUCUUCAUACAAGAUCGCCGAACGGUUGCGGCUGGGAUCGAGAUUUUUCGCGUCAUCCGUCCUCUUCUGAGAAUGUCUAAUUUGUUGGGCGGCAAAAUUUUGAUGGCACGAAUAUUUGACUUAGUACUGGAAGCAAAGUAUCUCGAAGCGCGCCCGAUGGUAUAUUUAUGGAAGUACAAAAGAUUUGCACCUUGA